UCUAUAGGCACUUCUGAAACAAGUAGCCUAGCAAGUACGACACAAGAGGAGGCUAAGUUGCAUGAUAAGGGCACUUAGCAACCGAGAUAAAAUGAAUCCCCAGAGAGUAGAGUCGUAUUAAGACACAUCUUCAGGCCCAAUCUUUUGUUGCGUUCCGGAAGGUCGAGUGCCUUUUUUUAUGGUUCGCAUUUCUUCCGCCAAUGCUGAGCUCGGCCUCUGCGAUAACUCCUCUGUCAGUGAUUGGUCGGGUGAUCACUAUCACAAAGGAUACGGCGUUGGAAUUAGGUCGCACCACGUCCGGCUGUGCUGAAAAGCAACAGUUAGGCGACGUCUCAUUGCAGCGCUAGUUGUGGCAAAGCGAAAACGACGACGGCGACAACGCAGGCGAGGAACGAAGCGGCUUCACACGAGAACGACAACCUGCUCAGUAGCGAAAAGUUCACGAUAAAGUUCUUUCCUUUUCGACGACUUGCACCUGCAACAGAUAUAAAAAUCUCUACAAACCGAGCCGUUAAGAAGUCGACCGAUCACAACAGAAUUUGGAUGAUGGUGCAAAGCGGUAACGUAACCGCUCGACAGUUGGCUGCGUCGCAGUCUGCGUCGCUUGGGCAGCUGGGAGGUGGUAGUAGUGCUGGAGCAGCCGCGGGCGGGAAGAAUAAUAAUCACUUCCCGACCGUGCUUUACUUCAGUAAAACGCACAAUAAGUCCAUGCAGGCAAAGCUGGAAAAUACCAACUACGACGAUCAGGGCAAUGUGGUAUUGUUGCUUGCAUUUGCAGGAUCAUGUGCUCUUCGUGACGAUAACCACCAACGAAAAAAAAACUCUGUUUAGGGUGCUUUAUUUCCACGUUGAAAAUUCAAAUUUUCUUUUUCAUACCAGAACGUAGACUAUAAAAUUAUGAGGUCUCCUACGAUCUCGAUAUCAAGCCAAAAGCCAAACCGGACUUGGUGACAUUCCACCUCCCACCCUCGACCACUAGCGCAGCGUCUUCUGUCAAGACAAGGGUAGUAGCGUCUGCCAGCAGUGGCGGAAUUCGCAACUCUGGUAGUUUUAGUGCAUAUAAUCACUCUGAUGUUUCUUGAAGAUGAUUUUUGCAUGCACGUUACUUUCAUGUAGUCGCCUUUUCCGACGGUCGCUUUGGCAAAAGCCAGCCAAACUAUAUAGAGUCUGCAACCCAUCAGGUUCCACCGUCACUGCCGCCCCUCAUGAGUCUCCCGCUACUGUGAACGGGCAAAGUUCGCAGCCGCUCUCCCCGGAAUCCGUCGGCGGGCCUGCUCCGAGCGAAGCCUCCUCUUCCAACCCGACUACGGCGAAGCACAGCAGCCCGUCGCCAACCAGCGCAAGAGGAGCACCGCUGAUCACGAGCACGUUGGCCGCUGCAGCCGGGGUAAAGGUGGGCACGACUGUAGUGUCCAGUUCGUCCACAGCACCUUUUGGUGGAACAAUUAUAAGUAGUUCCAUUUCGCAGCCGGUGAUUCAGACUGCAAAUACAACAAACAGCACGAAUCUCGUCGCCGCGAACGGGGUUGUAGGAGCUGCUGCUGCACCGAGGAACAAACAGGUAGACUUCCAAGUCGGGCACAAGGUGUGGUAUUGGAGCAACACGCACAAACAGUGGAUGGAGGCGAAGGUGAAGGGAAUCGGCAAGAGAGCGGGGAGAAUAGAGCUGGAUGUGAAGCCGGACGCACAUUUGAAGUACGUGAUGGCACAGGAUAUGCUCUGCAAAAGUAUCGUGCUCGUAGUAAUGGCAAUCAUGCAUUACAAUUUUUUUUCUGAAGCUAAAUCCGCAUCACAUUCAUGCUGAGGAAAUGUGUAAUGCAUUUAUACGAAUGCGAUACAUUUGCAAUUCAUACAGGACGGAACCGGGCAAAAACCGACUCUGUCGCCGGACCAGAUGAACAGCGCCGGAGGAGGUCUUGUCUAUCCUGUGCAAAAGUAUCGUACUCGUAUUGCAGUCAUGCAUUACAAACCUUGUUCUUAAGGUAAAUCCGCAUCACAAAUUUUAUCUCUCAUGCUGAGGGAAUUUGUAAUGCAUUUAUACGAGUGCGUAAUUUUUGCAAUGCAUAUUGUCGGGACGACGAACACGAUCUCCGCCUCCAGUCCCAUGGGCAGCUCGCUCGCAAGCACCGUGACGACAAGAACACUGACCAGCCCCGUGCACCCGGACAUAAGUACAGUUUGUUUUUGCAUAUGAUCAUCUACGUUUACGUAGUGCUGAUGUUCUUUGAUGUGAUGUUAGCUGAACUUUUGAUAUUUUUGUGGCAAUGAUGAAGAUGAUGGUUUGAUGAAUGAUCGGGCUUCUGAAGAUCGGGUGGCGGAACUUCUAAAUCCGUGCACUUUUUGUAAAUAUUAGACGAUCAAUGAUCUCCACAGAUGUUGGUCCUUCCCCGACCACGAACUUGGAACCGAAACGCAUGUACGGUUCCCGACACUCCCCAAUCGACCCGAACGCAGGUGAACCGAAGGUCCUGCAAGGCGGUAGUACGCCGACCGACAGCAGUACUAGCACCGUACACCAGCACCCGCGUCGCCCGCCGCCCACAACGGUUGUAUCCUCCACCACGACCCGGCACCAGCGCAGCUCUGUUCAGAUUUCAACACAGAUUGCCGCGCCACCGUUGCAGACGUACGGUGCGUCCGCCGCGUCUUCGCGUCGACCCUCGUCCGUCAGCUGGGAGGUGCGGUCAGCCGACCCCCGCGUGCGGGCAGUGUACGAGGCAGGUGCAGCGAACGGGACCGGGCUGAUAGGGUCGGUCACAAGUACAACUGCUGCUGGAGUUGUUGUACCUGCGAAAAGCAGCUCUGGAGGAACACCUACAACGGCCACUGCUAUUCCGAGCAAUGCGACAGCUGUGCAUCCCUACAACCCAGAGGCGCGCGUCGUGCCGCAGCAACAAGCGAGUGGAAGUACUAGCGGUAGUUCAGCUGCAGCGAAAGUGAUGCAGAAUAAAACUACCACGACGACCACUACUACAACCACAGUGCCAGCCACGACUUCAGGUGGAGCUGCAACUGACAAGGAAACGAGGGAACAAACCGCGUCCUCCCGGCGGCGCGGAUCGACCAUGAGGAUCGUGGAGAGCAGCACUACGGAGACAACGACCGUGAGGUCAGGUGCUGGCGUGGCGGCUUCUUCCGCCCAUCAAGGGACUGGUACGACUUCUAGGCCAGCAGCAGCAGCAGCUCCGGCGUCGUCCACCGGCGCAGCUCAAACUGUGGUACAGUCGUACAGCCUAGUGCAACAUCAUCCGACUGCGGGGACGAUACAGCGAGUAGGGGGCACAGGAACAGGAUCUCAAGCGGUGGCACAACAACAACCUCCGAAGGAGAGCUCAAGCAGUGUUUCUGCGGAUGCGAGGGGCGUCGGGUUUUCGGCCUCUUCCACUUCCUCCAGUAGUUCUUGUGAGGGAGCUGCACAACAUCAGCCAAGUACUGCUACGCUGGACCCUGGCAGCAUUCCUGUGCGAAAAUCCUCCGCGGCGGCUAUUGUUUUGAACAGCAGCAUCGGAAUGAGCGGCUCCGGUCUUGGUCUUCUCUCCUCCUCCGCCUCGUCCUCCGCCGCAGGGGAGGGUGGAACUACAGCAGCGACCACCUACACGACGAUCGCCGGAACCACGGUUGCUGCGUCAUCCAGCACGGCAGCGAAUGGUAAUAUCCUCCAGGCCCAACCCCUUGCAUCUCCCCCUGCCAUCCGAAUCGCAGGCGUCACGACCACGGCACUUCCAAACCGCUCCAGCUCUCCAGCGAAAUUGGUGACGGCCGCGAACGCAAGUCCGGUCAGCGCUGUCGUGAACAGCACUUCCGGCGGACAACCGGGAAAUAAAACGACCACAACAACGAUUACCACCCGGCGCUUCACGAGCGAAUCUUUAGGAAGGCAGGCCGCGGAUGCGUAUUACGGGCCCGGCGGACCGGGGUACCAACCGCCCGUCUCCUUGACAAGCUACCGCCUGGAUAAGGAAUUCAACCCGUCGAGCCAGAGUCUGAUGAGCACCGCCAAACGCUGGCUGGAAUUACCGGACCAGGCCCACAUAUCCAGGCUACCGGGGUUUCAAGGUAGGAGUUGGUUUUUUUUUGAUAUGAUCGUGUUCGAUGCGGUAGCUUCUCGAGGCUGAGUGCUGCUGCAUCAAAUUUGUUGGAGGUGCUGUGUGAAAUCGACGCGUGCACUACGUACUUUCUUAUGCUGAAAAAUUCUACAUCAUGAAGACCCCCAAUUUAUUGUUUAUUACAGGCGGUCUGAACAAGGGCAUUUAUCUGGCGGAGGGGAAAGGGAUCGAGUCCAAAAUCAUCAAGGUCGUGGCCGCCGGGAGUCAGCAUCCGGGCUUACUUUCCGAAGCGGAGAACUGCAUGAGGCUAAAGAACGAGGUUUCCGGGCUCAAGAAUGACCAGGCGAUCACCUGUCCCGGCCUCAUCAUAAGGGUUGAGCAUCGCUCCCCUGAGACCAAUGAGCCAGAGGUACAAAUAGUUUGAUAGAGUCGUUUGCUUCAUCAUCAUGAUGUGCAGCAUUUCCUGGCGUAUAUAGUGAGCGUGAAGAUGAUCAUCUUCAUGCGCAUCAUAAAAGUCGUAUGUGACGAGCAAAAAGGAAUGAGAUUCAUCGCUCGAGUUCAUACCAAAAGUAAAACCAGUUGCUGGACGUGAUUCUGAUGCGCAAGGCUCGUGGCACGCGGCUUUCCGAAAUUUUUGCGGACAUGAUGACGCGCAAGGAGCUCCUCCGGGUCGUGGACAUGUUGCGGCAGUUCGGAAAGUUCCUCAAAGCCUUCCACACCCGGUACCCCGGAAAGCAGCAUGGUAUCGCAUGUUGUGUGAAUGGGGUUGCAUAAUUACGUGGUGAAGAUCUCUCUGUUUGCGAUGUUUCUCCAGCUCCUCCUCCUUCAUGCCUCUGUACAAACAUUUCAUUGCUUUUCAACACACAUACAAAAUGAAAUCUCAGGCGACGUCCAGCCUUCCAACGUUUUCUGCGACCCUUCGGCCGGUCACUUUACCCUGAUCGACAUGGGCGGCAUGGGCCAGAAAACGGUGAAAAACGAUCUGGAGCAUUUUAGCGAAUCGCUCAAGCUCAUGGGGGACUCCUACGGUGCAGACUUUCGGAUCAAGGGCGACUCGGCGUUCAAGGAGGGGUAUCGAAUGCAGAUGACAAAAGAAUUCAAGGCGUACCCGAUUCAGGGAAGCUAACGUGCAGGGGAUUGCCCGGAUCCGGAGUCGCUCUCCUGCCGCUGGUGAGCGAGGAUGUAGUAGCCCUCUCGACAAGGAUGAUUUUUCUCAAACGGACGAUCCGCUUCGUUGACAUCACUCUGUGGAUGUUCUCACAGUUGAUGCACGCUGAGGCGCGGCCAACAGAUGUUUGAGUCGAGCACUUUAAUUGUCACACAUGGACACGCAAAUGAAAAUGAGUGCGCAGCGAAGAUUUAGACCCCGAGGAAGUUCAAGAACACAGCCAGCACGGAAACUGAAAUGAUGGAGCGCAGUGGUAUUCAGCUGCUCGCUGCGGUUUUCUCCGGCCGUAUUGAUUUGUG